AUGCCUAAGAAGCUUCAAAAAUCUCUUCAGGGGUACCUCACCAAGAUCAAAAAACCCACCCCACGCAUCCAAUUCCCCUCUAAUAAUUCCUUCUCAUCCUCCAAAAAUUGGAUCCUCUCUGGGUGCAAGCACCCCAAGACUCUCUCCUUCGCCAUGGACCACAACCAAGAGAAGGCCCGAAAAAAUGAUGAUGCCGACGGCAAAAAGGGCGGCGGUGAGGUGACGUUAUCCGACGUCGACCGCUUCCUCUUUGAGAAUUUCAAGUCGCUGUAUAUAGAGGAGGAUGAAGAUAAUUACAAUGAAAAGAAGGGCAAAGCAAAUACUACUUAUGAAGGGGAAAACCCUAGUAGUGGUGGUGGAGUUUUGGUUGGAUCGCCUCGGUUCACCGAUCUGCCACCCGAUCUUUGCGGGUCACACCGGUUUUUCAUCUCCCCCAGCGUGUCGAGCUCACUUAUUGAGGAAUCCCGGACAAGUGUCAUGUCCGAGGAUCCGGGCUCAAGCUCAAUAUCGACUACUAUAACCCUAAAUGAUUCCACCACCUCAACAACAACAACUAAUGACCAUGCAAAGGAUCGUGUCACGCUUCCCGAUGACUGCAUCGCUGUUCUAGUGUAUUCUCCGACCCCGUACGAAGAUUUCCAGCAGUCCAUGCAAGAGAUGGUUGAAGCCCGAUUGAGAAAUCACCAUGGAAAGGUUGAUUGGAGUUUCAUGGAGGAGCUUUUGUUUUCUUACCUAAACCUCAAUGAGAAGAAGUCGUACAAGUACAUUCUAAGUGCUUUCGCUGAUUUGAUCGUCGUUUUGCGUCAGGAUUCGUCGGAGAAGGUUCCGGUAAGAUCACGGAAUGUUGAAAGAGAGAGGAGGAUGAAAAGGAGAGAGAAGUAA